CUCUCGACUGCGAUGGAGGCAUUGCUGUUCAAUGUCGAUGGGGGCUUUCUGGAAGCGAUACUUCGAGGCUAUAAGGCGGGAAUCCUGACCCAGAGUCACUACGCCAACCUCUGCCAAUGCGAAACCCUCGAAGACUUCCGGACUCAGCUUUCGGCAACCGACUACGGCAACUUUCUUGCGAACGAGCCCCUCCCGAUCUCCACCUCCACCAUCGCAGAGAAAGCGACCCAGAUUCUCGUUAACCAAUUCAACUAUAUCCGCACCAAUGCAACAGAGCCCCUCAGCAAAUUCCUCGACUAUAUCACCUACGCAUACAUGAUUGACAAUAUUGUCCUGCUGAUUACUGGGACACUACACGAGCGGGAUACACAUGAACUUCUGGAACGAUGCCACCCUUUGGGUGUUUUCGACACCAUGCCCGCUUUAUGUGUUGCAACUAACGUCGAGGAGCUUUACCAGAGUGUCUUGGUAGAGACGCCGUUAGCUCCUUAUUUCCGUGACUGUCUUUCGGCGUCGGACUUAGACGACCUCAACAUCGAGAUCAUCCGUAACACAGUCUAUAAAGCCUACCUCGAGGACUUUUACCAUUACUGCACUUCCCUCGGCUCUCCCACCGCCGACGUCAUGCACAAGAUCCUCGAUUUUGAGGCCGACCGCCGCACAGUCAAUAUCACCAUCAACUCGUUCAACACAGAGCUAACCAAAGACCAACGGGCGAAGCUCUUCCCUGCUAUCGGUCGUCUCUUCCCGGAAGGCAACAACCAACUCGCGAAAGCAGACGACAUGGAGCAGGUCCGGCUGGUAUGCGAAAACAUCUCUGAAUAUCGGUCCUUCUUCUCCGACUCGACCUCGUCGGGCGGCGACGAUGGUGAUUCGUCUGCAGCCGCGCAGCUCGAAGACCGGUUUUUCACGACGGAGGUGCAUCUUAACAAGCAGGCCUUCUUGCAACAAUUCCAAUAUGGCGUCUUCUACAGCUACAUGAAGCUGAAGGAACAGGAAAUCCGCAACAUCACGUGGCUGGCGGAAUGCAUCUCUCAAAAUGCUCGCGACCGGAUGCAGGACUAUAUACCAAUCUUCUGA